CAUCCAUCGCGGCACUCAUUCAUAUUCAUAUAUAAUGAUUCCCGUCAUGAUUUUUGCUGUCAGUUUUCGAGUCAUACAUACAUAUAGCGAAAAGUGAAAGAAAAGGGAAAAGGCAAACUCGCUUAGCAGCUGCAUGUCUUCUGUUUCCAAUUCUUCCGAUUCUCCUCAUUCAUCUCUCAGCAGGAAUAUCCAAACUGAGGGCUCUGACCCUUACCAGCUUCAUUCUCUGCAAAAACUCAAUAGCUCUAUCCUUUGUUUGGCCGCGAACGACGACUACAUCUUUUCUGGCAAUCAGGAUAACGAUAUCUUGGUUUGGGACAAGAAGACUUUCGAGUUGAAGGCAACAUUGCAAGGACAUUCACGGAGUGUGUUGGCUUUAGUUUACGCUGAGGACAAAAAGUGGCUGUUCAGUUCUUCUGGUGACAGCACCGUUCGAGUGUGGUCUACUAUUACACUCAAGCCAGUAUAUAUCAUCGACACCUACACCGAAACCUGCGCCGGGGACUUGUACUCGAUUGCCUGGUCACCGACCCUUCAAACGAUUUACAUUGGCUGCCAAAAUACCUCCCUCCAAUGGUACAAAUUUGCGUUUACGACCGACUCUGGCACAACAACACCAAAUGGCACCAGCGUUCGAAAAGCCCAUAAAUUCUUUGAUAGCUACCCUCAAUUCGACCGGAGACCUGCAGACUUGAACGCAAACAAUCCUCAGACUCCGAUUCCGUACUUUUCCGCGGAAAUUCCUCGACUAGAGGUGCCUUCAACGAACGUUAUCGAGUCGGAGCAUUUUGGAUAUAUAUACUGCAUGACUGUCCUUGAUGAACGCGGAGUCGGAGUCACCCUUGUUACAGGUAGUGGCGAUGAGACCGUCAAAAUCUGGAGGUGUUCCGCUUCGGGACCAUCAAUUGUCCAUACUUUCGAGUGUAAUUAUGGCGCCGUACUCGCGUUAGUGGCACACGGGGAGACGGUGUAUGGUGGCUGCCAGGACGGGCAUAUCAAAAUCAUGGAUCUGGAGACCAAGACCCUUGUCCGAAGUAUAAUUGUCCAGGAAGGGAUUGAUAUACUUUCGCUAUCCCUGAUCGACUCGGACUUGUAUGCAAGUUCGGCCAAUGGGCAGGUCAAGCGUUUCUCUGGCUCAUUCGAUUGUACUGCGUCCUGGCACGCACACAAUGGAAUUGUGUUAUCGUCGUUGAUCACUGCAAGGACGGAAACUACCAACUAUAUGUUGGUAACUGGAGGGAACGACGAUAAUAUCAAGGUCUGGAACGUCGUGCCACCACGCCCUCGUUUCCGAAAUUCGUCAACAGAGGACGCCAUCCCUUCAGACUGUUCACAGCUAGGCGGAGACAGAAUCACAUACGCGCUCUCGAAAUUUGUCUCGAUACCCAGCGUCAGCUGCUACCUCAAUCAUCGCGAAGACUGUCGACAAGCCGCUAUCUGGCUCAAAAAAUGCCUUACUCAACUUGGUGCAAAGACGCAACUUCUUCCGACUUCUGAAUCUGGGAGCACCAAUCCCUUAGUUCUGGGCACCUUUACUGGAAAUCAUGGCACAGGUAAUCGUCCUCGAUUACUGUUUUAUGGGCACUACGAUGUCAUCCCAGCUCCUCCGGAAGGGUGGAAAUCCGAUCCCUUCACGCUAGAUGGACGAAAUGGCUAUCUGUAUGGUCGUGGGGUUACGGAUAACAAAGGACCUAUCAUAGCCGUUGCCUUCGCCGCCGCAGAACUAUUAUACAAACGUUCUCUGGGAGUGGAUGUCGUGUUUCUUGUUGAAGGACAAGAGGAAUGUGGGAGUAUGAAUUUUUCAUCUGCUGUGGACAAGUAUAAGGACCAAAUAGGGCACAUUGAUGCCAUAUUAGUCAGUAACUCGACAUGGAUAUCCGAAGACACACCAUGUAUCACCUAUGGUCUUCGUGGAGUAAUCCAUUGCUCAAUCGCGGUCUGCAACAAACUUCCCGAUCUACACUCGGGUGUUGAUGGUGGCGGAGUUGCAGAGCCCAUGAAAGACAUGAUCAACCUUUUGUCUACUCUUACGGAUAGGAAGAACCAAAUACAGAUACCUGGGUUCUACGACCAUGUUCGCGUGCAAACCGAGGCGGAAAAAGAGCUUUACUCACGGAUAGCUGCUGUGACACAAAAGCCUGCAUCGUACAUGGCCUCCCGGUGGCGUGAACCUGCUUUGACGAUACAUAAUAUCGAGGUCUCGGGCCCGAAUAAUCCUACUGUCAUCCCUGGGACCGUAAACUCACAGAUAUCCCUUCGUAUCGUUCCUGACCAAAAACUAGAUACUAUCGCAAACUCCCUUUGUCAAUUCUUGCGAUCUUCAUUCCAUGACCUUCAAUCACCAAAUGAGAUCACAGUGGACAUCAAUAACCCAGCUGACUGGUGGAUCGGAGAGCUCGACGAUCCUUGGUUCAAAGCUUUAGAAAGUGCGAUUCAUGAAGAAUGGGGCCUGGAGCCUCUUCGUAUCCGGGAGGGAGGGUCUGUGCCAUCUGUACCAUAUCUUGAGAAAGCUUUCGCUUGCCAUGCCUUCCAUCUACCUAUGGGCCAGAGUUUGGAUCAAGCACAUCUUCCGAACGAACGGAUGUCUCUCAACAACCUUCAACGAGGCAAGGCCGUCGUUGCAAGGUUUCUGAGGAAGGUGGCAGAGAUGAGCACGUAGAAGAUCUAAUCUAUGUUCAAGAUAUUCUAUUAGUGUUUUUAUUUGUGACAUGCAUUUCUUGUAUCAGUUUGAACGUCAGUUCUGUAUAUUUUAG